AAAUAUGGAACGUACAAAGCGUUUUGUACGAAAUGGGUUCCGUGUUGUGUACCAAGUGACUUGUAUCCCUAGGCUCACCAGGCGUCAACAUCACACGUCAUUUCUCAGUGUUUAUAAUAAUAUUCUCUGUUAAGAUGGCCAAUCGCACAACUGCACACAGACGUAAAUGGGCACUGGACCUAGCAGGUCGAAGAGGAGAACGUGGUAGUGAUAAUCUGCCAGCACCUCCAGGUUAUAGAAGUUCAGUGAACCAGGUUCAUGCUGAGGCCAACAGGCAAGGAGACCCAAACCUUGUCAUUAAAAAAGCUUGGGAUACUGCACUUAGUCCGCUAAAGUCGGUACCAAUGAACUUGUUUUUAAUGUUCAUGGCUGGAAGCAGUAUCAGUAUAUUUCCCAUUAUGAUGGUGGGCAUGAUGCUGUUGCGGCCAAUCAAGGCACUUUGGGCCACAAAUGCCACUUUUAAGACCAUUGAGGGUACACAUGCCGGACUACAAAAACUGAUCUAUCUGUUGGGAAACCUGGUGAAUGUUGGUUUGGCGGUAUAUAAAUGCCAUAGCAUGGGAAUACUUCCUACCCAUGCCUCAGACUGGCUGGCCUUCCAAGAACCUGCUAUACAGAUGGAGUUUUCACAAGGAGGAAUGACACUUUUGUAGAAUUUUGAUAGCAUGAAGGCCAAUUCAGAGUUUUGGUUGACCAAUAUUGUGUAGUGGCAGCAAUUCAUGUCACUUGUAUAAUGUAUAUAUUUGAAUAGAUGUUUAGCAGUUCUUUAAUGAGUCCUAAAUUUGCAUUGCUACAUGUAAAGACAUUGGCAUAUGGCCUAUCCAUGUAAUAUAUUUGUCUUGCAUUACUUUAGGAUGAUCAUGUACUAAUGUAAUAGUUUACUAUAAUAGUCAAGGUAUUUAAACCCUAAAAUUAUGGAUCGGUUAAAAUGAGUCCUGAGAAUUAUGAAAGCUUGGUGUUUUUCAUGUAACAUAUAAUUAAUAAAUAAAUAUAAACAAAAA